AUGGCCUCUCCCAGAACGCUGCCUUGUGUUUGCGGAAGGGGCUGCUUCAGGUCGGUUUCCACGGGGUGGAGACACUAGCGGCGGUUCCCUAGAAGCUGCUCCAAGUUAACAUCUGCUGAAGGUUGGGGAGGGCGAGGGGGGCAGCAUGAGUGCCAAAGAACCGCUGCUGGGAACCCUAAAAGUAUGUAUCCUCAACCUUCAGGGGAGCAGCAGCCCUUACACAGACACCUCCCCACACUUACAGUCCUUUUGUGAGGUCCUAGAAAUGAUCCUUCGCAAAGGAAUAAAACAGCCCGUUCUGGGGUUCAAAAGAAAGGACUAUUGGCACUGGCUGGAACAGAUUCCACAAGUAACCCCUCCCAGCAUGACCCUCCUGUCAUUGAUGAUUGAGAAAACUAAUUCCUGUGAGAAGGUGCUGACAGCACAAGGACGAGGGCGGUACUUCCUGCGCCUGGCUUUGAAUAAGAAGUUACUAGCUGUUGCUGUUAAGCAGUUGAUCAGAUCUUCCAGGCUGCUUGAGUGGUAUGAUCCAAUGACCUCCAUCCUAGGCAAUGAAGAUUUAGCUGAGCCUUUCCUCUCUCUGAUGCUGGUGGUGACAGAAAUGAAUUUCUCCCUAGAUUUGCAGAAUUCCAGUUUCUUGGAUGAAAGCUGGCAACUUCCGGUGUGCUUGACCUACGAAACUGUCCCCUGCAGGGAGCUGGGAAUGGUGCUCAGAUAUUUGGAUGGACGGAUUUUCAUCGUAAAUGUGCUCCCCCAAAGCCAGGCUGCAGUGGAUGAGGUGGUGCUGGUUGGAGAUGUUAUUGAUGAGAUAAAUGGAUCUUCACUGAGGAAUGCAUGCAAUGGACAGGCUGGGACAGUGCUACAGAGGUACAAGGGCAAGCCUCUGAGCUUCCGCCUGAUCCGCUGGAAGUGGCACGAUGGAGGGAUGUACAAGCCGCUUCUCCCCUACCUGAAAAUCCUCCAGGAGAAAAUCCCCAGCUUCCAGCUCCAGCAUGAACACACGCACAAGGAAAAGAAAGAGGACCGGUGCUUGCGGGGGGGCAGGCUGCUGUACAACCUGCGGUACUUAGGCCACGUCAAUGUAGGAAAGUAUGGAAGCAAAGAGGUGUUAGACCAAGGCAUACCUAUGGUUUUAGAGAAACAUUUCCCACGACAGGAGGUUUUAUUUGAUGUCAAAGAAACUGAAGUCCUUGUUCAAGAGAAAGCUGCUUCAAAGGUUCUGUUUCGUUACUCUUAUACAGACAUUUCCUGUGUGGGACGACGUCUGGACAGCAACAAUCUCUUCGCCUUCUGCUGUGUGGUUUCACCUGAGUCUUCAGAACAAAGCACCUUCGACUGUCUUGUAUUUGAAUCAAACUCUGAAGAUGAAAGUGAGGAAAUAAUCAGAAGAAUUGCUGCUGGAUUCAAACACACAGAAUGGUUUGUCUGAUUGAGAUGUAUGAUGCUCUGCUUCUGGGCUUCUGCCAGUGACCUACUUUUGGAGCUGAACUGGCAUGCAAAAGGGCCUAGUUUCAGUCACUGAUACCCCAGGCUUGCUCUUGGAUUAAGGCUACCUCCUACAACAGAAGACUGAGUUUUUACAAGCCUUUUCUUUUCAUGUUUAUACGGACGUUUUCAAAAUUUGGAAUAAAAUCAAGCUGAAGCCA